ACAAUAUCAAAAGGUAAGGGCAAAUGUCUCUGUUCCAGGUUGCAGUUCACUGCAGAGCAUAUAAAUACCUGGAUAUAGAUGUCAUGAAGUCAUAUGUCAAGAUACCACAUCAGCCUUGAAGAAGGCAACAGCCGAUAUGACAUAUAAAAGACCAACAUCUCCAUCGAUAGCCAUAAGUUCCUUACUGAAGCUCCUGGGCAGACUGCGCUUUCUGUUCAUCUGCAGAACAGAGGUAACAAAAGCCGAGAUGCUGCGUCUUGUGUCGGUGUUGGUGUGUCUGGGCGCCCUGGAGGCGGCCGUGGUGGCCGUGCCGCACGUGCAGCUGGACGUGCCGCACGUGCCGGCCCCCGUGCAGCCCGUGAUCGGCGCCGUUCUGGAGCAGAGGAAGGCCGCCGAGCCAGCCCCCGUCUCCCUGCCGCUCACCAAGGUGGAGGCUGAUGGCCAGCGGUACUUCCUCGGGGAGAUGUCGGUGGGCACGCCCGGCCAGGCCAUGACAGUGGCCGUGGACAUCACCUUCCCGCUCUCGUACGUUCCCUCCAUCAACUGCAGCGACCAGUUCUGCACGGACCACAAGCAAUACGACUCGGCCGCCUCCUCCACCUACGAGGCGGACGGCACUCCGUUCGAGUUGUCGCUGGGACAGAACGUCAGCGGCGUGAUCUCCAAGGACGCCAUCAGCGUGGCGGGGGCCACCGUCAGCGGCCAGGCGUUCGGAGAGGCCACGGCCGUCUGGAACAGCUACGCACUGAGGGCGCCCAACGACGGCGUGCUCGCACUGGGCUUCGGCUUCAGCGUCAGCCAGGAGGGCGCGACCACGAUCAUGGGGUCGAUGAUCGAGCAGGGUCUGAUCGGCCAGUGGCUGGCCGGAAUCUGGCUGGGCCGCGGCGACGCCGGAGGUGAGCUGACCCUGGGCGGUCUCAACGACGACCGCCGCAGCGGUGAGCUGGCCUGGGCGCCCGUCACCUUCAACGAGGAGCACCAGAGCUGGAUGGCCUCUGUGGAGAGCCUCGCUGUCGGAGAGACCAGCAUCUGCUCGGAGAACUGCUUCGUCACCGCGCUGAGCACCACGCCCUACUUCUUCAUGUCCAUGGAUGCGGCCAAGGCGGUCAACGACGCUCUGGGCGGCUUCGACAUCGGCGCGCCGGGCGUGGCCGGCCUGGACUGCAGCACCCUGUACACGCUGCCGACUCUGGAGAUUGAGGCGGCCGGACGCACCCUGGAGAUGAGUCCCCUCGAGUACACCUACAUCUACACUUUGGGAGGUGGUGUGCAGAUGUGCCUCUCGGGCUUUGUCGGUCUGCCUGACUUUGACGACAAUGUGACCGUGCUGGGCUCCCUGUUCAUGCAGAAGUUCUACACCGCUUACGACAUGGAUAACAUGCGCGUGGGCUUUGCUGACAGCGCUUAAUGCGUUGUUACUCAAAUGGUUAAGGCGUGAGAGAGAGGAGAUCUUUGGAUCUCCUAAGGAUUGGUGAAAGAGAUGUCUAUAGGUAAUUGUGUUUUCUCUACUUGUGUCUUUUUAAUACACAUGUGUCGCUGCAGUUA